CGGCGGCGGCGGCCGGAGCGGCCCGAGCAGGGAAGAUGGCGGCGGCGGGCGCGGGGGCCGGGCCCGGGCCCGGUGCGGGUUCCUCGGCCGGCGCCGGGGCCUCGAACCCGCGGAAGUUCAGCGAGAAAAUCGCGCUGCAGAAGCAGCGGCAGGCGGAGGAGACGGCGGCCUUCGAGGAGGUGAUGAUGGAGAUCUGCUCCACACGGCUGCAGGCGCAGAAGCUGAGGCUGGCGCACAGCCGGGGCCCCUACUACAGCGGCUCGCUGCCCAACGUCAACCAGAUCGGCAGCGGCGUCUCCGACUUCCAGGGCCCCUUGCACUCGCCGCUGGACUCGACGCGCAGCACGCGGCACCACGGCCUGGUGGAGCGGGUGCAGCGGGACCCGCGCCGGAUGAUGUCCCCCCUGCGCCGAUACGUGCGCCAGAUCGACAGCUCGCCCUACGGCCCCACCUACCUGUCGCCCCCGCCGGAGCCCAGCUGGAGGAGGACCAUGCCCUGGGGGAACUUCCCCAUGGAGAAGGGACAUCUGUUCAGGCUGCCGUCCGCUCUCAACAGAACAAAUUCCGACUCGGCGCUGCACACGAGCGUGAUGAACCCGGCCCCGCAGGACGCCUACCUGGGCCCCUCGCAGGGCGCCCCGCCGCCCGGCCGCCGCGGCGGUUUUCUGGACGGGGACGCGGACAGUAAAGUGUUUCUUUUCCAAGUGCCUCCCAUCGAAGAGGGCUUCGACGACAACAAGCACUCGCUGAAGCCCUGGGACACCAAGAAGCUCUCCUCGUCCUCGGCCCGGCCGCGCUCCUGCGAAGUCCCUGGGAUCCACAUCUUCCCAUCCCCGGACCAGCCUGCCAACGUCCCCCUCAUCCCCUCGGCCCUCAACACGGGGGGCUCGCUCCCCGACCUCACCAACCUGCACUUCCCCUCGCCGCUGCCCACCCCGCUCGACCCGGACGAGAGCGCCUACCCCAGCCUGAGCGGGGGCAGCAGCACCAGCAACCUGGCCAACACCAUGACGCACCUGGGCAUCAGCGGCGGCAUGGGGCUGGGCACCGGCUACGACUCGCCAGGACUUACCUCACCUAUGCAGAGCUCCCUGAGUAACCCGUCCCUGCAGUCCUCGCUUAGCAAUCCCAACCUCCAGGCCUCCCUGCGCAGCCCCUCGCUCCAGUCCUCCCUCAGCAACCCCUCGCUGCAGUCCUCCCAGAGCAGCUCCUCCAUCCCCUCCUCGCUCUCCAACCAGUCCCUGCCCUCCUCGCUCUCCUCCUCGCUCAGCAACCCCUCGCUGCCCACGUCCCCCCGCAGCCAGCCCAUGCAGUCCUCCCCCAGCAACCCCAGCCUGCCCUCCGGCUUGAGCGCCUCCUCCUACCCCAUGGUGCAGGCGUCCAUAAGCACCUCGCCCCGCCGACGGGUCCCGCUCAGCCCCCUCACCCUCCCAAUGGGUGGCGACUCCAGGAGGCAGCACCCCAAACAGUUCUCACCAACAAUGUCACCCACAUUGUCCUCCAUCACCCAGGGGGUGCCCCUGGACACCAGCAAGCUGCCGGCCGACCAGCGCCUCCCGCCGUACUCCUACAGCCAGCCCGGCCUCAUCCUGCCGUCCCAGCCGCAGCCCGGGCAGAAAACCCUGCACCAGCCCCCCCAGCAGCCGCCUCUGCCCCCAGCCCCGCCGGCGCGGCCCCCCGGCCCCCCCGGCGCGGCCGCCCAGCGCCCCUACGCCCCCCAGUACCAGCCUGACGCCUCCCUGCAGCACCCGCCGCUGGGGCAGCCGCUGGGCGACUUCGGCAUCGGCAGCUUCGAGCAGUUCGGCAUGGGGGAGAGCCCCACGGGCAACAGCGGCGCCUUCCCCGAGGAGCUGGGGUCGCUGUACCCCCCCGGCGAGAGCUACGACCCCCACGUCCUCAACCGGCAGAACCUGAGCAACUGCGGCCGCCACGGCCCCGUCCCCAACAUCAUCCUCACCGGGGACUCGCCGCCCGGCAUCUCCAAAGAGAUCGCGACGGCGCUGGCCGGCGUGCCGGGCUUCGAGGUGGAGGCGGCGGCGCUGGGGCUGGAGGAGGACCUGAAGAUCGAGCCCCUCAGCCUGGACGGACUGAACAUGCUGAGCGACCCCUACGCGCUGCUCACCGACCCCGCCGUCGAGGACUCCUUCCGCACCGACCGCCUGCAGUGACCCCCCCGCCCCCCCCGGGCUGCCCCCCCCCCCCCCGCGCACACACACGACACCCCCUCUUUUCUUUUUUUUUUUUUUUUUUCCUCCUCCUUCUCUCCAUAACGGGAAGGGGGGGGGGGGGGGUUGGCCAGGGGGGGCCCCAGCCCUACAGCGGGCGCUGUGGGGCCAGCCCCAUAACCCGGUGGGGACAGGGGGCUCAGCGCCCCCCCCCCCCCCAGCACCGGCGUGGCCGAGGGCGGCUGUACAUAAACCCCAUAGGUAGAGCCUGGGGGGGGGGGAGGGGGGGGGGCGCUCCGUUUUGGUGUUGUUUUCCGGCUAAUCAUCAUGUUUAACGAGAAAUUCCGCUCCCCGUCCCCCGCUACGCCGCAUAUGCACCCCCCAGACCCCCCCCAGCCCCACGGGACCCCUGGGGCGCGGGCACAGCACUUCCACUCGGGGCCCCUCAGCAGGGCGCGCGGGGGGGCCCCGGCCACGGCGGCAGGGUGAUGGGGGGGGGGGGAGGCACCGGGGGCCCCAGGACCGCGCUCCCCCCGCCGAGGAGGAAGCC